AUGCAACUCGAGGGUGACUGCACAGGUCUCUGGUUAGAUGAGGCAUACUGCGUUAAAGCAGGGGGCGGCGGUACUAUGACGACCAGUUCGGCUACAGCAAGUGUGACUCCUCCAGCACCAACACAAGCAGGGAUCCCGUCCACCUGCAACGCGUACGGUGUUGCCCAGGACGAUGAUGGACGUGAAACGGUUGCCUCUCGCAAUAGAAUCACCGUAACCCAACUUUACGCAUGGAACCCAGCUCUAAAUAAUUCCUGCGAAAACUUCUGGCUGGGUGAAGUCUACUGUCUCGGUGUAUCAUCUUAA